AUGGACCGCUCCGAGAGUGCUUCCAAAGUGCCGUCUGCGUCCACCUCUAGUCAGUCACAAGACUCUUUCACAGCAGGUCAUGAUCUUAAAAGCGGCCCGGACAACACAUUACCGAGAUUUACUCCUAUCCAUAAGACAACGCAGCUGCUUCAGAAGCUCCCACCUGUCUUCGCCGUGGAAAUCUCUAGUACAUGUGAGAGGGUCUUCCAGGAAGAAAAGAACACAAUCUCAUAUAUGACUUCGAAGUUUGAACCCAGAGAGCUGAGAAAUCAGUCUUACGUCUUACCUUGGGAUCGUCAAGCGCACGAACCAGUACCUGUACAUCUGAUUGAGAACCUUCAACAUGGCUUUGGAUCGAAUCCAUCGACCAUUUUGGAAAAUCGUCUCAGUCGAAGAUGUAUUGAACAGUCAAAAAUCUGGUUUCUCUUAACAGAUGGUGUGAUUGAAGAGGAACGUGUCAAUACCUUUGCUAAUGGCAUUACUGGAGCGGGACUGCAUGGCACUCCAUCCGUCAUAAUUGUCUUUGGAAACACGUCUCGUCCUCCUUCUCGAAGCAAAUUCUCAAUUGGCAUGUCUAUCUGUGCACCAUCGUCGCACUGCGCGGUUCUCUUUCACGACGUAUGGAGUGAUAAGCUAUUUGUCGUUCAAGCUAAAGGAUGUUUCGCUAGUGUGCUUCUCAAGGGUACCUACUUCAAGUGGUUCAGUGGAACGAAAUGGACGGACUUUCCCCAGAUUUCCUACGAUACACUGCUGGAGGUCCAAGUUCCCGAGCCAAUCCGUCUUUCCAAAGAUGAAGUGGCCCUGCCUUACGCCAAGGUAUUCGACAUGAAGUCGAUUUACAACGACUCUAUGAGCGACCAGGAUAAACUCCGACUGGUGUCAAACAACUGUGCCCUCGAUUCGAUAAUGACAGUUGCCAAAACGAGAGGAGAAGGGUUCCUGGUGAAGCUGUGGAUUGAAAGCCUUCGUAGAACGACAAAGAAAAACUUGACAAUAGAGAGAGAUGAUGUCGACUCACGAGGGGAAAUCGCCAUGACAGUACUAUUGAUGGCAGCUGAGCGAGAGCUGAAUGCAAAAGAUACUCGCCACAAAGACAUUUGGUCUUGUUUAAAAUCUGGCACAUCUCCUUGUUGGUCGAGAUGCAAGCAAAUGCACGUAUCUAGCCUACUGGACUAUAAUCGCGCGCGAGUCCUAUAUGAGAAUAGGAACAAUUGGGCCAACUUCGAAGCCAAGGUGAAGAUGGAACGAGCAGCAUACAGGCGUCUUACCAAAGGUUUACAAGAGGUCCAGUCAGCGAUAGGGAUACUAGAUGACCCUUUACCAAACGGUCCAAGUCUCGUCCCGGCUGACACAUUUUGGUAUCCUGCUAGCGGAGUAAAGACAGCAAGGGGGAACAUGAAGGUUUCCGUACCUGUUCAACAAGGUAAUUUGGGCCAAGAAGAUGUCGACAAGGCAAUAUUUAUUUCCGGCUUCAAGGGCACCCGAAAGCUUGACGUAGCUGCACGGUCAAGGGCAUAUGCCACCUGUGCGAUAUGCCGAGAACCCAAUUCGAUCCAAACAUUGCUACUACGAACAAGCCCAGAGAACAACAAAUUUUCAGACCUACCAUUGCCCAACCAAAACCUCGAACUGAAGUUUCCCUUGUCGCUGGGAAGUUGUCCAGAGGUCGACAUCAUUCUGCCACUUAUUUGUUGCGAUGGCUGCGCAUUCCUCCUCCUGAGGGUUGACAAGCGACUCAACCCUUUUCCACUUGGCCAUCAAAUCGCUGCGGUACUCCCACUGGUAUCGCUCCAGGACAAACAGAAUCGAAGGCUGUGGCGGCAGAAACUCGCAGAGGUCUAUAGAUAUCGCUUCCACGACACUACUGUCUUUUCUGUUUUCCUCGCUACCAUCUGCAAAAGAAUUGAGAAUAUCCCCAGUUUGGCACACUCAAAGUGCUUCAAGUGGUGCAGAGACCAGCUCUCCCAGCUUCCAGGGAUCCGAAUAUCCAAAAGCGCCAGCCCAAGACUCGUCACUAGUCUUCCAUCGGCAGUCGACAAUGUGGUUCCGCCGCAACAGGUGGCCUUUUUUGCAUGCCUGGGAAACAAAUUCUAUCUCAGGGAAGUUUUAUCGCAGCCAGUUGAGGGUUUUGUUGUUCUCGUUCAGCUGGCAAAAUCGAUGAAUGUUGUUAAACCAGUGUCUAUCCAAAACUUGGUUUGGAAGCGGCUCCUCUGUCAUUUCAUACAACAGGAUUUGCGCUUGCGAUCUAAUUUUGGGGUAGAAUACGCCAAUGCGAUGUUGCGAGAGAUCACACAAGAACCUCGGUCUUCUAGCCAAGUGAUAACCUUUUCGAAACCACGAACAUCUGUCUCAUUGACUUCAUUGGUCAAUACUUACCUUAUCCCUCCAGGAUCGACCACCAUAUCGGACUUCUUUCGCACAGCCUACUUCGCGGGAGUAUAUAGUACGACGGAGUACAACAUAGCGCUAGCGAUGUUUUUACAUAUGCUGGCCAACAUCAAGUACCAUGGUGAGGAGGCAACGGAUAUUUUAGAAGAGAUGCAGGGCAUGGCAAACAAACUUCGCUACGUCGGAGAGGACAUGAGGAGCGUUUUUGAGGAUCCGACGUCUAUUGACGAGCCUGGGGCUGCUUAUGUCAUGGCUCAUUUAGAGUCUUGGCUAAAGUACAUUGUGUUCAGAAACUAA